AAAAAGCUCAAUUAUUUAUAACUUAACCACAAAAAAAGCUUCACAAUUUACGAGAGUUAUAAAUAAAUACAUAAUACACACUACUGUGAUCAUAUUUUAACAUAACAAUAUAAUUUCAGUACAAAACUAGAUUGUAACACAUGCUGUCACAAUUUAAUGUUUAAAUUGGAUACGGUUAAUUUCUAAAACGAAGAAAAUGUCAACUGAACCAGAACCAACGGAUUUACAUUGGGUGCAACUGCGCAAGGAAAUGGGAGCUUCUCACCAUGUAGAAACGACAAGAGAAAAAUUUCAUAGAAAAUUUACAGAGAAUCCGUUUGUUCCUCUAGGUUGUUUAGCAACAGCUGGAGCUUUAUCCAUGGGUCUUUGGAGUUUUAGAACUGGAAAGACAAGACUCUCUCAGCAAAUGAUGAGAGUGAGAAUUCUUGCACAAGGGCUUACCAUUGCUGCUUUAGUUAUUGGUGUAGUAAUCACCACAGGAAAAUCUUCAAAAUAAUAUUCAAUAAUAUUAAAUUUUUAUUAAAGAUAUCAGAAAAGAUAAUAAAUAAAUGUUUUUUUUUAGGGAGAUAAUGGUACAUGUUAAUAAAUGAUUACUUAUUUA